GUACGUUGGACAACUUGCAAGAAGAAGACGUCAGAAGGCAAAAGAUAAUUCUGGAAUUCACCAAGAACUUUGAAUCUACAAGGAACUCGGGAAAAUAACGACGACUGCUUCCCAUCCAGUAACUGUUCCAUUCAAACCUGACUUCGAUUAUUCAAUACAAUCCUUCUCUCCUGUUCCUUUUGUCCUUCCUCAUCUUUGACUUAACUUUACCUCAUUCACCCCCAUUCACCCAGUCCCCCCGCCGCCAUAAUCAAGAUGUCCACCGCAGUAAUCAACACCGACGACGAUCAGCUCGAGCCUACUCUCCAAUCCAUCCUCGAUCAAAAGUCCCUUCGCUGGAUCUUUGUUGGUGGAAAGGGAGGAGUAGGAAAAACUACAACAUCAUGCUCCUUAGCCAUUCAACUCGCCAAAGUUCGUCGUUCAGUUCUCCUCAUUUCAACAGAUCCAGCACAUAACUUGAGUGAUGCCUUUUCGCAAAAGUUUGGAAAGGAAGCUAGACUUAUCAAUGGUUUUGAGAAUUUGAGUGCUAUGGAAAUUGAUCCAAAUGGUAGUAUCCAAGAACUGAUGGGACAGGCUGAAGAGGGCGAGGGACCAGCUGCGGGCAUGGGUGGAAUGAUGCAAGAUUUGGCUUUUGCUAUUCCCGGUAUUGAUGAAGCUAUGUCGUUCGCAGAAGUCCUCAAGCAAGUUAAAUCUCUCUCCUACGAAACCAUCAUUUUCGACACCGCUCCAACAGGCCACACCCUCCGCUUCCUUCAAUUCCCCACCGUUCUCGAAAAAGCUCUUGCGAAAGUCUCUCAAUUAUCCACACAAUUCGGACCUAUGCUGAAUGGUUUACUUGGAGCCAACGGCUCCCUACCAAAUGGACAAAACCUCAACGAAAUGAUGGAGAAAUUAGAGGGUCUCCGCGAAACUAUUUCUGAAGUAAACGGACAAUUCAAGGACGAAAACCUCACUACCUUUGUUUGUGUCUGCAUACCCGAGUUCCUCUCUCUUUACGAGACAGAGCGUAUGAUACAAGAACUGGGCUCCUACCACAUUGAUACCCAUUGCAUAGUGGUCAAUCAGUUAUUGUUUCCGAAGAAAGGAAGUGAUUGUGAUCAAUGUAACGCGAGAAGAAAGAUGCAGAAGAAAUACUUGGAACAGAUUGAGGAGUUGUAUGAUGAGUUUAAUGUGGUGAAGAUGCCGUUAUUAGUCGAGGAAGUCAGAGGAAAAGAAAGAUUGGAGAAGUUUAGUGAGAUGCUCAUUACUCCAUAUGUUCCUCCUGCUGGAGGGCUGUAGAUUUCUAGAGAAAGAUAUAUAAGAAUUGAGACAUGAUACCCA